AUGAACGUUCCGACAUCUGAUGCCGAAGUCCUUGCUUUGGCCUUGGGCGCUCCCGCCCGCCAAGUCUUGAAUCAUGCGCAGGCGCGGGGCCCGGCGACCGGCUGGAAGGACGGCUAUCUCACAACCGCCGACGGCUUCUGCCCGCCAGAUCCAGAACAUACGUACAUGUCUUUGCGAAGAUCUUUAGGCGAUGUUUGGGCCCAGCUGUGCUCCCGAUUGCCAGCCCUGAAGCUCAGAGGGAAAGUGAGGCAAUCUAUCUUGGCUAUUCCUGUGGUUGGUGGUACGUCGGACACCAUACCGGAUCACGCCCUCUGGGCUGCCGUGACCUGCUUGAACAUCCUAGCUGGCGCGUACCAACAUGAAGAAAGAAGUGAUGGGAAAGACGCAACCCUGGCCGGCGAAGGUGACUUACAGGUUCCAAAGACAAUCUCAGUUCCUCUGCAGCAGGUCUCGAAACGGCUUGGACGCGCACAGCCCUUUGUGUCCGCGUACGAGUUCUCCCUCUGCAACUACCGCCUCGUUCAUGGCCCCCACAACCUAACCAACGAACGUGCUGCCCCUAGAAUGUCAGUCCUCAGUGCAGGGGAUGGAGUGGAUUCGCUUUCCUGGACAUCUAAGCUCCAUAUUAGCUUCACCAACGGUGUCGAACUCGUUACCCAGAGCCAGGAAAGAACAAUGGCUGACGACGCCGAUGGUCUGAUGCGUGUUCUUGUGGAUCUUACCAAAGCUAUCAAAGAUCUGAUACCUAUCUUGCGCAUGCUCAGCGCCGAGGAGCUGCGAGGCAAUAAAACACAGGCUGAUCUUUGCGCGCCCCUAACCGUCAAUUCGCCGCCCUAUUCAGAACUUGGUCUACCAAUCUUCCAGUUGAUGCACGCUUUCACCGGAAAGAAGAUUCACAGUGCCUCCUUAAACAGCCAGAUUGCGGAACAGCGACCCUGGUUGCCCGUCAAUGUCCGAGCGUUUCUGGCUGCAAUUGAGUGCCAUUUUCCGGUUUAUCGCUUCGUCGAGCAAUCUGGUCAUCCUCAGCUUCGGUAUGCAUGGGACGCCCUCGUGCAGUCCUACUGCGGCGAUAACGGUCUGCUGUCACUUUACGAGCAGAAGUCAUCUGCCUCAGCUCAAUUGGCUGCAAAGACAGGACAUUCCGUUGAGCUCACCGAUGGCGAUUCAAAUGACUCUAUUGCAUUUCCGUGGCAAAUUGACGAGCGCAAUGCGAUGGCUCAUCAAUCCAGCAGGCAGGAUUUUGAGCACUGCUCCACGAGAGCUAGAGUCACUUCAAGGUCACGGAUUGAUGAUGAUAGUGAUCGUGAGAAUGCGCUCGUUUCUUUACUUGUGCAAGAACCGCAUGGACUUUCAUUCGAACCUGGUGACAGGCUACUGGUGAUGCCUCUGAACCCAUGGUCGGAGGUCGAGAAGAUCGCAGCAGCCCUUGGUUUGGACAACUCCCUGGACACUGCGAUACCAAUGUACGGGGGAACGAGCUGGGAUCAGUUUGCUCGUCAGCUGCAUCCCAAAGCAAAUCUCCAAGCCUCCCAUCUUACUGUCCAGGAUGUUCUCCGAUACGGCCAAAUCGCGCCGCUCACACGAUCGCAAGUGUAUGCCCUUGAUAAGACUUUUCAUGGAACUUGCCCCCUCAUCACGAGAUUACUGGACGAGGAGAUAUGGCCGAUAAUGGGUACAUUGGGAGAUGUGCUACAACUAGCUAUCGAAGAAGUGUCGCCAAUCAUCUGGGAUACUGUGUUUGAUCUGUCGCACCUCUCCUGGCUACCUGAAAUGAUCCCAGUUGCUGUACCUCGAGCCUACGGAAUCUCCAGUCCAGCUCUCAUGGGGACUUCCCUUCCUUCUUCUGUCAAGAUCACGGUUCAAAGGGUGACCUAUAAGGUCCACCCCAGCCUGGACGGUGGCCUAGAGUCUCCCACAGGGACUGGAAUGAGCAGCUGCGCACUGAAUCCCCACCCUGCCCAUGCCGACGACCACUUGGACGGUGACGACUAUCCUUUCAUGAUUGGUGUUGCUCCUGCGUCUGUUUUGCGUCUCCGAAGUACGCCGCUGGACAACGUAGUUAUGUUUGCCGAAGCAAACAGCUUGGGCAUCUUCCGCAGCUUCUGGCGGUCGCGAACACACUGCAUGGGUCAAACGGUAUUGUUUCUUGCUCUGCAAACUCUGCAGAAGUUCGCCUUUGAGGAGGAACUAAAGCGUCUGCAACGGAGUAACUCGAUCAAAGUUUUCACGUCAUCCGCAACUGAGACCGAUUUCCUCGACAAGAAACGACUUUUGUCAUCCGCUAUCCUUGACCAAGGCCAGCUUGUCUGCGAUAUGCUGGCAUCCACUGCGAAUGGUGGACUGGGCGGCCAUUUCUACAUUUCUGGGUCGAUGAACCUCUGGCAGUCAGUUGUUGCAGGCAUUCGGAGGGCUCUUUACAAUUCUGACUUCAUGAUGGUGGCUACUUCAGUUGACGACCUUAUUGCACAUGCUAUCCGCGAAGGGCGCAUGGUCCUUGACGUGUACAGCUCGCCUAGCCGGCCUCUCAAACUUGAUCGCCAAAUUUCUCUGGCACAGCUUGCGGGCAAGACGGCACAUCGACCAAACACCGAGCUCUGGCUUGCAAUCUCUGACAACAUUUACGAUCUCACCGCCCUUCCUCGGUUGAGACCAUGUGACGCGGCUAUCGUCCGCCUCAAUGCCGGGCUUGAUGCUACCUUGUCUUUGUCGCUUCUCAUCAAGAGUACCCCUGAGCUGCGCAAUGUGCUGCCAGAAUUCAUGGUUGGGCGACUGUCUAGAAGACAAACCACUUCUGUCCCCGACGAUCGUGCCCUGCAGGAUUUGUGGACAAACCAUCUCCGCAUUGUUGUUGAGACUUUGACCGCUCUAGCAUUCGAAACGACAAGUCUCCUUAAAGAAUGCACAGAGUGGUUCAAGGUUGCGGCGGGCCGUGAUGCGCUCCGCGACUUCUUGCGCGCGCAAGCUCGGGUUUUUCACACCGGAGUGUCGUCGAUUUUUGGUGUACAACUGCAGGAGCUGCAUGUCCGUACAGCUUUCGCCCACAUCAACAAGACGCGGCCAGACGUUCGAAUUCCAGAUGUGAUGGGUGUCAUCGCCCGAGCGCGAAGUUCUCCUUGGGCAGCUACUGCAGUCAAAGAGUUGCAGAUUCUUGAGACUUUGUCAAGAUCAAACAAGUUGACCAGCGUCCAAACGACCACUGCAGUCGAGUAUGCCCAGGCUGUGACUGAACUUGAGAUCCACCUUCUGGAGAGCGUUCGAGACGACAUCCGAAACGGCUUCGAGGUCCUUGAGAAGUCGCCCGCUGUCGACGAGACCGUCACAAGGAAGCUGCUCACCGUUCUGGAUCAUGUUGCAUACCGCUAUCAGGCAUUUUGGGAGCGGCUUGCACUCGAGUCUGUCGGACGCUCGAAACUUGAAAAGACUCGUUUGCGGAUGAAGUACGAUAUGGUUCAAAAGCCAACGACAUCAGGAAAAAUGUCGACAUCACUCAUCGCCCACGUUACAGACCCACCCGUAUUCAGCGCAAAACACGAGCCUCCAGCCUACACUGCCGAUCAUAUGGUCAAUUUUGCCCAUCUCAUUGACCAGGCUAUGCAGACUGUGAACGAGGAAAAUCUGAUGGCUGCCUACACCAGCAAUCGUAGCCGCAGCCAACUUACGCGUGCUAUCGUACCAACAGCCAAAGCUAUGUCCUCCGUGCCUGAACCAACCACGUUUGAUAUGUUUCAUCGCCGCAGAUCUGUGCGGGCUUUGACAUCUUUCUUGGGCAGCAGUGAGACAGCUAUCAAGCGCCUCAGUCAGCUACCAGCCGAACUCAGCUUCGCGUACAUCAUGGCAACAUACGGCAGGAAUGCAACCAACUCAGAAAAUCAUACCCGCUCCUCAUCAGCGGCGAGGAAUGUUCUGCGGACAUUGGAUAGCCAGGCUGGCAAUGACACUCCCCGUCCUCGUCUCAUCCGUCGGAGGACCAAUGCCAGCUCGAUCUCCAGCACUGCACCACAGAGCAUUUUCUCCUCGCCCGAAGCUGGCACGCCUGAGACUCGGGCUUCGGUAGCUUCAUCUCCUGCUUUGCCAUUGCAGUUGACUCUACGAUCCAGAGAGCGGUCGGGGUCAAGAGCUACCUCGCAAGCCAGACUGAGCAAGAGUUCGGUAUCGGUUGAUCUUAAUCAAGCUGCGCAUAUCUUGUCGACCCGGCCAUCGCCGCCUGGCCGCACACAGUCUGCAACGGCUAUCGGAACAGAGAUAGUCUCAUCCGUUUCGAUUGAGCGAGGCCACGAUGAGCCACCUACCAAGGGUACAAGACUGCCAGCACUAUUGCCGUCCCCAUUGCUCCCAGAACAGGUUCCCAUAGCUGAGAAGGGGAUCCAUACGCGGCGCUGGGAGAUGCCAUUAGUGUCUCUCUCUACCGCUGAACGCCAAUCAAACAACAAAGGCCAGCGCGGCAAUCCGCUACCCGGAAUACCCUUACAAUCCGUGAACAUACCACCAAUGCCGCCAGCGAUAUCAUUGCCGUCUGUACUCGGACAUACAUCUCCGCGACAGACAUCUCUUCGUGCGUUCUCGGCAAAAGAGUUGCCCAUCAUUACGCUUUCGCAAUCAGCCAAGCAUAAUAUGCCCACAAAAGCCGGCAGAGUCGUGCAGACACACUGGGAAAUGCCGUUGUUCACCCUUUCGACCUCCGAAAAGCAGGCGAUCACUUCGAAACGACAAUCAGAGAUACAUCCGCCAGCAGUGCCACUGCAGAGUAAAAUCAAACCACCACCUGUGAUUGAGAUGUCAGCCACACUGCCGGUCAUGCCGGCGUCACGGCACUCUGCCAGGCCCCAAGCAGCUUUCUCAGGCCGACAGCUGCCACUCCUGACGCUAUCGCAAAAGGAGCGACGUGGCGCUGUAAGGCAAGAGGGGCCUAUCAAGAUUGGGGUGAAUACCCGGAAACCUGUGAGCAAUUCCUCAAAUGAGGCUUCGAAUCGCACCUCACAUGCAGCAGGAAUUAGGGGCCUCUGGACCCAUCCAGCCGAUCAAUAUGCCACCAGUACUAGUCUAAAGCUCGGCCAAGCGCGUACCCUGGGUCAUGUUGGGAUGUGGAUGCGCCCGGAAGCUAAGAUCAGCAACGAAGACUUCUUGGGAUACCUUGCAGAGUGUCGUCGCCACGCUGACCUGGAGCGCCGGAGUGCGCGAGCUCUGACCGGGCUCAACGAGCGAGCACUUGCAGGUCUCUGGAAGACCAGCCAUGAAAAUGUGCCGUCGCCGUCGAGCUGGACUCGAGGCUAUGUUGGCAUGUGGAUGAGCCCUCCCUCGAGGAAGCAGAACGAAGAUUUUGAGCUUGUCCGAAGAGGUGGCAUGAUAACACCACUGUCCAUGUCGACGACAAUCCAGGCAACGUACUCCAAUCUGGCGGCGCAGUCGACUGAAGCCAAGAGGAUCGCCACUGAGACCGGAACACCAAGUAAGAGAUCUACACACCUUUGGCACGGCGGACUCAGCGAGCAUGUUCCAGCAACGAGAUGGACAGCAGGAUAUGUCGGAAUGUGGAUGAGGCCAGCUUCUCGCAUCCAGAAUACCGAUUUCGAAAUCCUUCGAGCUCAAACUACCCGGACCGCCCGUCAAGCUAGCGUGAGAAGGGUACCACCCUCUCAACCCGAUUCGAUAGUUGUCAAGAGCUAUGGGCUGUGGCAAUCGACCCUCCUCAAAGAUGAAGUGGUCUCCCACGGCUGCACGCUCGGUAGCGUUGGUAUGUGGAUGUGUCCUCGUUCCAAAAAGGCCAACACGGACUUUGCGUAUCUCGUUCUUAACACAGUGAACUACCUGCUCGGUACCAACUUAUCGCUGUUGCAGAGGAUGGCGAACGAUUGCAUGCUAGUGUCUGCCGAACUUCACAAUGGACCGUGGAAUCUAAAGGAUUGGACAAAACCAGGCAGAUCUUCAAAAGGAACUCACUCAAUUGCCCUUCCUACCACUGCUCGAGCACCAGUCACGCCAGGGAGGGCUUCUCAACCGAGUUCUUAUAGAGGCCAGACCUUGGGGCAGGUAGGCACCUGGAUGUACCCUCCCAGUAAGAAGCGAAACCUAGACUUUGAAUGUUUCAGAGCAGCCGUAGAGGCGGCGCCUGAACUCGAGCCGACCAAAGCCGCACGCAGCGGACAUCCGAAGGAGAUUGAUCUGAAGUCCACCCCCCAGGUGACACGCGAAAAGUCUUCUGGCUAUACCGCUGGCUUCGUUGGGCUUUGGAUGGAUCCGCCUUCGCGAAAGGUCAACGAGGAUUUCGAAUGGGCCAAACAGCACGCCCACGAGGUGUUUCGCGAGCAAUCUGUGAAGCCAUUGUUGCCUGUUGCAGCUGGUCUAUUUCCGGUGGUAGCCACGACUCAGCACAUUCAUGCUCCGUCCCCAGAAGAGCUCGACGUCGCAGAAGAGCCAGUCUACAUCAUCCAGCGACCAUCGCCAACUCAACAACAAUAUGAUUUCCUCGCUGAAUCUCCAAUGCUCUCGAAACAACAGACCGCGGGAGUGACGCCCACUAGCGCCAGCACGACUGAUGGCAUGGCUCGUCACGAAAUCGACUUUGCCGAGCGUCUGAGAAAGCUCAAUGCCGAACUGGAAAUGGACGACUCCGACUAUGAAGACGAUCUUGCUCUGCCUGGGCGGGCUGAACUGCGAUAUGCUUCGUCCAAGAUGUCGUUACCAUUCUCGCAGGAGUCGAUCACCGAGCGCCCCAGCAGGGGCACAUGGGAAAUGAACAUCACUCAACAGCGACCAGAGUGUGACCGCGCGAAGACAGAGCCUGCAGAGGUUACGCGCCGGCCUGUGUUGAAAGAGAUCACCGUGGACAGCCCAAGAGUCCUUAACGGGGAAGGGCUGGAGGUAUUCACUGCUAUCUCCUACUACUGUUGCGCGCCCAGUGCGUCCUUUGCGGCCAACUCCAAGGAUAUUCGACCAAGACAUUGGACCAAGCCCAUCGGAACUACCUCCAGCUCCCGUUCGAACACAGUCCACACGACAGCCGAGCCCGAGAGUCCACAGCGUCAAGAACAUGUGGGAAAAGCGAGCGAGCCUGGUGAUGGACCGCCCGCCAAGAUCGUCAAGAGGCCAGUCGAGAUCGCCACCUGA